AUGUCUGCAGUCCGGAUCGCCAUAUCUGGCGGCGGCCUGGCGGGUGCGUGCCUUCUCCACGCCCUCCUCCCCCAUGCGCACCUGGACGUGCACAUCUUCGAGUCGGCCGCGGCAUUUAAAGAGGCCGGCAUGGCCAUCGGAGUAGCUCGAAACGCGCUCGCUGCUCUUGAUCUUAUUGGCCCGUCAGCGGCGCAAUGCCUCGACCGGGCCGGUGCCGUUCCCAUGCAAGGAGUCCGAUUCAUGCUGGCCCAAGGUGAGGGUGCAGGCAGCAUGAUCGAUGAAACCAAAAGCGGACAACGCGUUACUAGCAUCGUUCACCGUGCCGCUUUUCUGCGUGAAUUGCUGGCCGAUGUCCCCCCAGAGCGCAUGCAUGCUUCCAAGAAGCUUGACCACUUCGACCGGCACAGUGAUGGCUCUCUCACGCUCCAUUUCACCGAUGGGACUGUCCAUGAGUGUGAUAUCCUUAUUGGCGCUGACGGAAUCCGCAGCACCGUUCGCAAGCUCAUCCUUGGUGAGGACGACCCCGCGGCCAUUCCCAGGAACACCGGUGCGUGGUGCGUCAUGGCCCUGAAGCCAUACUCCGACGCUCAGGCCAGCAUUGGCAAGGGCCCUGUCAACAUCGAGGACGCCCGUGAAUAUAUGUGGAUUGGUAACGGGACUUACUUAAUGCACAACGUCCUAAAUCAGGGCCAGGUGGUGCAGUUUAUCAUUGCUGUGCACGAUAAGGAUGCCGAGUCGUCGGACCGCUGGCAUCGGACCGUGAGCGCCGACGAGAUCAAGAAGCACUACCAGGACUGGCCGCCGCAUCUGUACAAGGCUGUGGAUGAACUGCUUUGUGAUCAGGUCGAACAGCCCGCGAUGUACCUCUGGGAGCAUCCACCCGCCAGUACCUACAUAUCAGGCUCCGUCUGCAUCAUGGGCGACGCUGCACACGCCACGACCCCUUGGCAGGGUUCUGGCGGCAGCAUGUCCAUCGAGGACAGCCUGAUUUUAUCCACGUUACUCGGCCGCGCCCAAACAGCUGCUGAGGCGCGGACUUCGUUAAAGGUGUACGACCAGGUCCGACGCCCACGCACGCAGCGCAUCGUCGAGUCGAGCCGGGGCACGGGGCUGAUCGUUUCCGGUUUGAGCGAGGAAACGAAGCUGGACUUGGGGAAACUGAGAGCGAACUUAUUGCCGAGGUGGGAUUUCAUCGUAGAUUUUGACAAUGAGAAGCACCGUGAUGAGGCGGUAGAGAUGAUGGAGCGGGAGUUAAAGUCCUGA